AUGGAAUCGGGGAACGGCACAAGAAGAAUUUCAGUUUUUUUCCUUCUUGGGUUUUCCGAAAACCCAGACGUUCAGUUCCUCAUUUUUGCAUUGUUCCUGUCCAUGUACCUGGUCACAGUGCUUGGGAACCUGCUCAUCACUGUGGCCAUCAUCUCACAGCCUCACCUGCACACACCCAUGUACUUCUUCCUUUCUAACUUGUCCUUUGUGGACAUCUCCUUCACCUCCACCACAGUUCCGAAGAUGCUGGUAAAUAUACAGACCCAGAGCAAGGCUAUCAGCUAUGCAGGCUGCAUUAUCCAGAUGUGUGUCUUCUUGGUUUUUGCAGAAUUGGACAACUUUCUCCUGGCUGUGAUGGCCUAUGACCGAUAUGUGGCGAUCUGCCAUCCCCUGCACUACACAGUCAUUGUGAACCCCAGGCUCUGUGUGCUGCUGGUUUUGCUGUCUUGGGUUGUUAGUAUCCUACAUGCCUCGUUACAGAGCUUAACUGUGCUACAGCUGACCUUCUGCACAGAUGUGGAGAUCCCCCACUUCUUCUGUGAACUUAAUCAGCUGUCCCAACUCACCUGCUCAGACGGCUUUCCAAACCAUCUCAUUACGCAUCUUGUACCUGUGCUAUUGGCAGCUGUUUCCCUCAGUGGUAUCCUUUACUCUUAUGUCAAGAUAGUCUCCUCCAUACGUGCUAUCUCUUCAGUUCAGGCGAAGUACAAGGCAUUUUCUACAUGUGCCUCUCACCUUUCCAUUGUCUCCCUAUUUUAUAGCACAGGCCUAGGAGUGUAUCUCAGUUCUGCUGUGAUCCAAAGCUCACACUCUGCCGCAAGAGCCUCGGUGAUGUACACUGUGGUCACGCCCAUGCUGAAUCCCUUCAUUUAUAGUCUAAGGAACAAGGACAUGAAGAAAGCCCUGGAAAGACUCUUAAAGAAAAAAUGUAAAGUGUCCCAUUGGACUGGGCUGAGGAUGUACUCAAGAUUUCAGAGGGUGAGGCCACAGAGCCAGAGAUUGGGGCUCUGUCUUCAGAUCACAAAGGGAUAA